AUGAUGCCCGUCCAGCUUCUCCCGGCUUCAGCCGCCGCCUUUGCCCCGAGGGCAUCUUCAGUCGACGUUGUUUUGGGAUGCAAGGUUGAGCCUUGGCUUACACAGACCUUGAAGCGAGUCAACAGAGAUACAGGCCGUCUCAAAAACGUCCCUCAACAUCAAAGAUGUCUUGUCGAGAUAUUGUCGUCACCGAAUGCCAUCUGGACUCUCGCCUCCCUCAUGUUACCCAAGUUUCCCGAAGCCGAGAUGCCCCAGGAACCUCUUCAGAAGCUCUUCAGCUAUCAGCUCGUUCACGUCGAAGCAUACGUUGUUCAUGUUGAUAUGGUCCUGCGCAACGAAGUUGCCUACAAACUCACAGACGGCACCAUCGAUGCCUUAGUCGAGUAUCACGAGAAGAUUCACAGCGUCGAUGCAAAGGCGAACACCCAUGACUGGUCCGAGAAAGAGCAACAUAGCAAGAAGUUCCAUGAAGAUGACUGGUCCGAGAAAGAGCAACAGAGCAAGAAGCUCCAUGAAGGCUUUGUCCAGGCUGUCAACAAGUUUGUCUACCGCACGCCCGUUAGCGCUUUGGAAGGUCUUGAGGAUGAGGGCACAGGUGAACUGUUGUGUGGCAAGAGUGAAGAAGUCAAGAACAAUCUUUUUGGACUGAUGAAGCCUCUGCUACCCCCACCUCCUCGCGUUGUCGAUGUUGUACGUCAGCCUCCGCUGCUCCAAAGCUCUCCAGUCAACAACAUGUGGUCACAGCCCACAAUGCACAGCUCUGUGCCCGCAGUCGAACUCUGGCGAGUGCUGCCCUCAAGUCCAAGUGUGACAUCGAUGUCAGCCGAGUUCGACACUGCAGUUUGGGCUACCACGGGCAUGAGCGAAGUUCAGAUAUCUUCACCUACUCCGGCAUACACCCUCCCACUGCCAAGCAUGCUUGCGUCCUCACAAUGCGGUGUAAGCGUUGGCAUGCGGCAUGAGUGGCAUGAGUAG